ACUUGUUUCCAACAAAAGCACGAACAUGCUCCGAACAGCUCCUACACACUCCCAAACCCGUCAACGGGAACCAUCCCCGCCACCACAGUCUCUCGCACCACACAUAAAACGACAAUUUGACACUCUUGCGCGCACCGAACUCCGACUUCAAGCCGCCAUUUCUCGGCUUGCAGAAUGUGAAGGUCCACAGUUGACUAUCGUGAAGCAGAAUGACGAGAUUAGGGCAAUGUUGAAAGGGCUCUCAAAGGGCAUAGAUGAUCUGAAUUUAAUCGCGGAAGAGCAGGACCGACCGAGUGAUACCCACGCCAUCCUUUCCCAACUCUCCCAACACCAAGAACACUACAAACAACUUCAACUCUCUCUCCGAAAAGCCAACUUAUCCGCCACCCGCAACCUAACCCAAGCCGCCGAAAAAGAGCGACAGGAGCUGCUUAAAGGCGGCUCAGAGCAACGGCACCUUCGGAUGCGCAAAAUGCAAGACAGUCGAUCGGUGGUACAAGCGAGCAACGAACUGACACAAUCUAUGCGACAUGCCGUGGAGAUGCUUUCAACAGAAUUGGGAAAGAGUGUGGAGGUGAAUAAAGCUUUUGACGAGUCGAGUCGCGUUCUCUCGAAAACAGUCACAGAAUACCUCGCCUUCGGCUCCGUUCUCCGAACCUCCCGACAACUCGUGACAAAACUCCAACGCCGAGACUGGACAGAUCGGUUGUUGUUACUAUUUGGGCUAUUGGUAUUUACUUUGAGCGUCUUGAGCAUUUUAAGGAGACGCCUCUGGAUCUGGGUUCCAGGGUGGAAGUGGGUCACGGGACAGUGUGGGGAGGACGACUGGCUUUGUUUUUAAACAGAGACGCAAUUUUCGCUGUUG